AAAUGUGUCUUCAAAACUAAAUCACUUCUUUUUACCACUUCAUCUUUUAGCUAUCUAUGUCAGGCCGCCACACACCCGGAGACAACGAGGCCACGAGUGAGUUCUCGUACACCGAUUCCGACGUGUUGAACAGACCCAAAGACGAUGAAACCGAUAGUUUCUAUUCCAGCCAAUAUUCCACCAUACCACCUCCCAGGAAAGUCAAGACCCCCGGAGACCUCACAGAAGGCAGAGACUCGUACCUCUCUUCGAUGCUGGAGUACUCGGCCCACGACUUGUCGCAGGUGGCCCGUUCUGUGUCAGUUAAAGUGGUGAAUCGGCCUAUCGAACCCACCGUUAACCGCUCAGCCAGUAUCAAAAAGCUUGAAACUCAGCAGGAAACAACGGGACGCUUACUGCCAGAUAUGCUGUAUGAUACUACAAUCGAAGGAUCCAUUCCACCACGGUCAACUCGUAGGCCCAAGAGUCAGGUGGUGGAUGAAUCGAGUUUACAAGCAGAAAUCGCCAAUUACAAGACCAAUUUUCCUGCCAGAGUCCAUGGAUCAGGUCGUGGCCACAAGACGUCGUUGAGUAUUAGUGAUGAGUUGGACAAGUUGAUGGAGAGAGCCAACUCGAUCAAGCUGAAGUCGUACACGUUUGAAAACUUGGAACCGGGGGACGAUCUGUCGGUGGAACUGAAGUACUCCAAGCUUGAGCCACCGUUAGCGGGAUACUCCAAAAGUGCAAAUAAACGAAGUCUGAGCGAGAGUUUCAAGACUGCGAGUCUCAACAGUGGUAGUGAGCAUAGUGGACCGAGUGAAACCGCAUUGAGGUUGCCCAAGCGCACGGAAGUACCUCCUCGGCCCAGUACUGAGAACUUGGCUCGGGCUCGACAAGUUCUGAGUAAAGUGGAACAGGCGGCAGUCGAAAAGCGAUUGCUGCAAAUGAGUGGUUCAUCAAGAGAGAGAAUCCAUCAAACUUUACCACAACCACCGGCACUCGAUGACCAAUUCUAUGAUGUCGAUGAGCCGGUGGUGGUGGAGAAACCUGCUCGUGGUAAGUCUGUAAAGGAGUCCACCAAACACCCACGAAAGCCCACACGAAACACCAGCAAGGGCCGCAAGUCCAGGGGAAAGCGCACGUCAUCCUCGCACGAGGCACUGGGCCUCAAGCCUUUUUCGUAUCACACACUCAUUAAUCUCCUUGAGAGUAUAAAUGGUACUAUUAUAGGGGAAGAGUUCAACCAGCUCAACUUGCCGGUAAAAGAAAAACAACUCAUCGAGAAGAUUGUGGACCAGCUCUCGCGACUCACACUGGACAUGGUACUAGACGAACACCGGUAUGCGGUGGGAAUCGACCGACUCGAGCGAGCUCUUCGUGUUCUCGAAGGGUUUAUGUAGUAAUCAAUAGACAUAUAUUUACGAUGCGGCGCGCGC